UAUAGCCCUUCUACCCUCUCCCUCUCUCCCCAAAUCUCUCUCUCUCUCUCUCUCACACAGAGAGAUCUGUCGCCGGCGAGAUCGAAAUGCCGCCCACUUUGUCCACUCCCGCCCUGGAUUCUUCGUCCUCCAGACACCAUUCUUACAGUAGGAAGCAGAAGUCGUUGGGGCUUCUCUGUACCAAUUUCUUAGCAUUGUACAAUCGAGAUGGGAUUGACAUGGUUGGGCUUGACGAUGCUGCCACGAAAUUAGGAGUUGAGCGGCGGAGGAUCUAUGAUAUUGUUAAUGUGCUUGAAAGUGUCGGGGUUCUGACAAGAAGAGCUAAGAAUCAGUAUACAUGGAAAGGGUUUGGUGCAAUUCCAGGAGCCUUGAAGGAGCUAAAGGAUGAGGGAAUCAAGGACACUUUUCAUCGAUUCUAUAGCAAUGAGAAUGAGAAAGUGUCUGAUGAUGAUGACGACGAGGAAGACUCUUCCCAGCCCUAUUCUAGCAGCCAAAAUGAUGGGUCAAAACUGGGGUCUCUUCCCAAUUCCUCAGCUUCAUCGAAAAUAGAUAAUCGAAGAGAGAAAUCUUUAGGACUUCUUACUCAGAAUUUUGUCAAGCUCUUUGUUUGCUCUGAAGCUCAGAUUAUCUCUCUUGAUGAAGCUGCAAAAUUACUGCUUGGUGAUGCCCACAAUACAUCGAUCAUGCGAACAAAAGUAAGGCGGCUGUAUGACAUUGCAAACGUUUUAUCAUCAAUGAAUCUCAUAGAGAAGACCCACACCUCAGAAACACGAAAACCAGCUUUCAAGUGGCUGGGAUACAGCGGCGAACCCGUUCACGUGCCAAGCAAUAACUUCAAGCAAAAUGAAACGAGAAAAAGGGUAUUUGGGACUGAUCUUACGAAUGUCGGAGUCAAGAAGAACAAAACGGCAUCUUUUGCACUUGAAAAUACAUCUGAGAAGAUGCUCCAGAUGAGUAAACAGACAGUAUCUAAGAAGAGUUCAUUCACCAAAACCAGUAAGGUUCAGGAAUCAUCGAUAUAUGGAGCAAGGAGUUACCAGUUCGGUCCCUUCGCACCUGCCAGCGCUACAAGUCAUAGCUUUGCUCUGGAUAACAACUCAAAGAGCGUUACCGAGUUGGAGAAUCUAGUUUCAGUUCACCGUCCCUGUUACCAUAACCAAGUUUUGAAAGAUCUCUUUGCCCAUUACAUGGAAGCUUGGAAAUCAUGGUACGGCGAAGUUGCAAGGAAGAAGAAUCCAUUAGCCAAAACAUCGCAACACCACUAGUUUUUUCGUUUUCUUUAACCUCUAAACCGCAAUUAGAUUGGUGCAGCUUCAAGAUGCCAUUGGUUCUUUCCUCCUCGAUCUCUUGCUCUCUUUCUUUUUUUGUAACGGCAGGAAUUGACAUAGGUUGCCCGACCCACGUUCUCUGUGCGUCGGAUAUGACUAUGGCUGCCUUUUGCAAGCCGCUCAUUGUUGGAUUGUAAUGCCAUUUUGUAAGCAAUGUUUUGCAAACUC